AUGCAGGCACGCAACCGCGCGGAUCCUGGGCCGCCGACGGUGACAACCGCCAAGGUGAGCUUGGGGCAGCUGUGGCUUCUGGCUGAGUGUCAGCCAAUGGUGCAGCUGAUUCUGGAGAAGGCGCAGGUCCUUCUUCAGGGGAGCCCAUCGGGCACAUACGUUGAUCGGGCGGGAGAAGCAUGCCUCCAGCAUGCAGCGGAGAUCGCUGCCUUGGUGGGGCCUGUGUUGGACGCGCCCGCCCGGGGAGGAGCUGUUGCCUCUACCCUCUUCCUGAAGACGGUUUCCGGCCGGGGCGCGCGUGGGGGGACGGCCAGGGGCAGACAAGAGUACCUCCUGGUGAGAGGUUUGGUGUACCUGGAGGUUCUCGUGCUGUGCAUCUCCGCUGCUGGUGGUGGCGGGGUGGGCAAUGGGCGUAACCCCACUCCUUUCCCUCCUCACGACACUGCCUCAUCAGCCAAGACCCAUCCCCACCGUUCUCAACCCCCCCCCCAUUCCAGCACCCCGUUCCCAACCCCCCCGUUCCCAACCCCUCCUGCCUUCCCUCCUCUCCCCAGGGGCGACAACCAGCACGGGCAACUGGGCCGCCCGGAGCCCUCCCGGGACGGCAGCCCUGCGCCAGUGCACGGGCUGGAGCACCUGGAGGUGCUGCUGGUGGUGGCGGACUGGUGGCGUCCUUCCCUUCCCCCCGCCUCCUCCUCUCCCCUUAGCACCCUCUCUCAACUGCCCCACCGUUGUCAGCCCCCUCACGGGCAGCUAGGCCGCCCAGCGCCCCCUCAGGACGGCACCCCGGCGCUAGUGCACGGGCUGGAGCACCUGGAGGUGCUACUGGUGGUGGCGGGGUCGCAGCAGGGCCUGGUGCUGUGCCGCGCACUGCAGGGCUCUGAAGCCGCCCUGGAUCCCCAGGAGUUUGACGACACACGUGUGCUCAAUGAGGAGCGUGUGUCACCCGCAACACUGCCUGAUCCCGAUGCUUCUGCUCCUGCUGCUGUUCCUGUGCCUGGUGCUGCUGGUGCUGUUGUUGGUGCUGGUGGUGCUGGUGGUAUGGGAGGAGGGUUGGGUGCAGCAGGGGAAGUGGCAGGGGCUGUGGCCGGGGGCGGGGGAGGAAGUGCGGGGGAGAAUUGGGGGGAGCGAGUCGGGGGAGGGGCGUCAGCGGAGGAGCAGGGGGGCACGGGCGGCGAGGGGGCAGUGGCGCGGGACAUGUGGAUGAAGUUUGGGGAGGAGUUCAAGAUGCUGCCCCGGCAGGGCAUGGACAGCAGCAUGCGGAAUCCGUGCUGGCGCGUGCAGGCGGGGGGUGCGGCGGGGAGUGCGGGGAGUGGGGGCAAUGAGGGAGCGGCAGGACCUGAGGUGCACUGCCUGCCGUACUUCUUCAUCAUUGGUGCCACCAGGGCGGGCACGCAGGACCUGUACCGCAAGCUCACCUCCUCCAUCAUCCCGGGCAUAUUCCCAGCCGCCAUCCCCAACCCCCAGUGGUGGGACCGCAAUGGCGCACGGGACUUUGCGUGGUACGUGUCGCUCUUUGACGAGGCAGCGCAGCACAUGGUGAACACGGGGGGCAGCGCGGUGACAGGCGAGGCGUCCAGCACGCUGCUCACAAGCUCAGGCGUGGUGCUGCGAGGCCACGUGGACGACAGGCACACAGUGCCGCAGCUGCUGCACCUGGUGCUGCCCAGGAGCAAGUUCAUUGUGAUUCUCAGGAACCCCGUCGACCGGUUCUUCUCCGAGUUUAAUCUCGCUGCCGCUGUCAACCCCUCGCCCUCUGUUCCCAGGGACUUUCAUAAAUACCAUCUGAUCGAGAGGCGCUGCUGGAUGAACGCCACGCUGAAGGCUGUGGACCUCACAGGGCCGCCGAGAACAACACGCAAGCCACUGCUGCAGAGGGUGGCGCGGGUCGGCAGACAGAAGCAGGUUUGGUUGAGAGCUGGGCCACCAUCCCUCGCAUUUGGAGAGGUUGUGGGCAGAAGGCUGCUGGCCGAAGUCAAGGAGUCGAAAGCAGCAGAGCAGUCUUGGGGGGGGCAGCAGAUCACUCACGGUGGAGCACUCACGGUGGAGUGA